UGCACGUUCCUAUAAUAAUCAUACGACGAACUUGUUUCUCCCUUCUUCCUCUUCUUUCACGUUUCCCCCCAUUAUUCCUUUUUUUUCCUCUCUUCAGUUAUAUCUUUUUCCCCAGAAUUUGAGAUCCUUUCUUUGCAUAAACGUGACUAUAUAUAUAUUCUCCUAAUUUCCUUUUGCAGAAUCUCCGCACCAUUAUCUUCUUCUCCAUAAUAUUUAUGCCAUUUUUAAUUCCCAUUCAAUUUUUUAUUCAGAAAUUUCACUGCACUUCUUCAAAUCCCUUUGAAUCAUUUCUUACAUAGAUCCCAAGUUUUUUUCUCUCCCAUUUCAAGGUUCCUUUUCAAGUUCAGCAAGCAUUUUGAAGAAAGAUGUUGGGAGAAUUCAUCACUAGCAGUUUAGUAUUGGUUCUUGGAUAUGCAUACCCUGCUUUUGAAUGUUUUAAGACUAUUGAGAAGAACAGAGUUGAUAUUGAAGAACUCAGAUUCUGGUGCCAAUAUUGGAUCAUUGUUGCAGUGUUGAGAAUUAUUGAGAGCUUUGGUGAUGUAUUCAUGGCAUGGCUACCAAUGUACAGCGAGGCAAAGUUGGCACUUAUCAUCUACUUAUGGUAUCCAAAAACAAAGGGUACAGGAUACAUAUAUGAUGCCUUGUUGAAGCCAUUUGUGUCAAAGCAUGAACCAGAGAUUGACAGGGGUUUUCUAGAGUUCAGAGCCAGGGCAUUUGACUUGGCUAUUUACUACUGGCACAAUUGCACUGAAUUGGGGCAAGCAAAAUUCUUUCAAUUGCUUGAUUUUGUAGCUGCUCCAUCUAGAAGAAAUUCACAUCUCAGCUCCGAGCAAAGAAAUGGGACUGACCAUUCUCGAGGACCGCCACCUCCUUCGGCCCCACCAGCACCACCGUCAUCAUCAUCCUUCAGUUUAUUCAGGAGGAACAAGCCGCCGUCAGACAAGAGGCAGCCACCUCAAUCGCCGCGGUCUUACUACGAUCACCGGUCAACUUUUCAUCCUUCUAAACCGGAAACGGUCCAAGUUCACCCGGAGGAUCUUUCAUUCCUAGACACAGACUAUUUUGAACCCGGUUCGGACCAUGCUGCCCGGCCCAGAUAUAGGCGCAGUUAGUCAACAGAUAGUUUACUAGAAAUAGUAGUAAGAAAAUUGUACAUUGUAAAUAAGCCCCAAAAAAAGAAAAGUAAAACUCAGAUUUUUAAAUACUUUUUUUAUUGAA